UGAUAUUUAUAGCCCACCCCGCACUCUGUUUCUGCACACUUGAUUCACAAAGAGUUUCAUAGCUUUCUCUUGCAAAUGGCCGUCGCGACCAAGCUUGCGUGCUUACUGUUUCUAGCGCUCCUGGCCAUUGUCAUGAUCCCACCCCAGGUCAUGGCAAACAAUGCAGACCAGCCACACGCUUCUCUCACCGGGAACUACGGACCUGGCAGCCUGAAGAGCUACGAGUGCCCGGGGCAGUGCACGAGAAGGUGCAGCCAGACACAGUACAAGAAGCCAUGCAUGUUCUUCUGCCAGAAGUGCUGCGCCAAGUGCCUGUGCGUCCCUCCCGGCUUCUACGGCAACAAAGCCCUCUGUCCCUGCUACAACAACUGGAAGACCAAGCGCGGAGGCCCCAAGUGCCCUUGACUUCUUUCAUUUCUCCAUCUACUCUUGAGCCGUAUUUAUCACUCGGCCUAUCACUACGUCCCCAUUUUCUAUGUUCACUGUGCUCUAGCCUUUUUCCAAACGCCCCCGGCGUUUUUCUAUUCACAAAGGGCCUCAAGUUCUAUUCGGGCCGACUCUCACACCCAUGGGCUCAUGUAUUUUACUACACCCACCAUCAUUUUAGGUCUGUAUUCAAAUUUCAAAGGGUUAAAUAUAGUUAUUUGGAUGGACAAUUUUAUGUCCUGGGUGUCCUAAAA